AUGGCCUGCAAUAGCACUUCUGUGGAGACUUAUGAAUACUUUCUGCUGAAUACAAGCAAUGUGUCCGACUCAGGGCAGACCACACUGUCAGCACCCCUCAGGAUCUCUUUGGCAAUAAUGAUGCUGCUGAUGAUUGUAGUGGGAUGCCUGGGCAACACUGUCGUCUGUAUCAUUGUGUACCAGAGGCCAGCCAUGCGUUCGGCCAUCAACCUGUUGCUGGCCACCUUGGCCUUCUCUGACAUCAUGCUGUCCUUAUGCUGCAUGCCCUUCACCGCCAUCACCCUGAUCACCGUCAACUGGCAUUUCGGGGACUCUCUCUGUCGGCUCUCUGCCACACUCUACUGGUUUUUUGUCUUGGAGGGCGUGGCCAUUUUGCUCAUCAUCAGUGUGGACCGCUUUCUCAUCAUUGUCCAGCGUCAGGACAAGCUGAAUCCACGGAGGGCCAAGGUGAUUAUUGCCAUCUCCUGGGCCCUGUCUUUCUGUAUCUCCAUCCCCUCCCUCACAGGGUGGACUUUGGUGGAAGUGCCCACACGGGCUCCUCAGUGCGUGUUGGGCUACACUGAGUUUCCAGCCGCCCGCGCCUAUGUGGUGACACUGGUGGUGGCUGUGUUCUUUGUGCCCUUCAGUGUCAUGCUUUGCUCGUACAUGUGCAUCCUCAACACGGUCCGGAAGAAUGCCGUCCGCGUGCACAACCGAUCAGACAGCCUGGACCUGAGGCAGCUCACCAAGGCCGGCCUGCGGAGGCUGCAGCAACAGCACCAGGUCAGUGUGGACUUGAGCUUCAAAACCAAGGCCUUCACCACCAUCCUUAUCCUCUUCAUUGGCUUCUCGCUUUGCUGGCUGCCCCACUCCGUCUAUAGCCUCCUAUCUGUGUUCAGCCGGCAGUUUUACUACAGUUCCUCCUUCUACACCACCAGCACCUGUGUUCUGUGGCUCAGUUACCUCAAGUCUGUCUUCAACCCCAUCGUCUACUGCUGGAGAAUCAAAAAAUUCCGCGAGGCCUGCAUCGAGUUGCUACCACAAACCUUCCAAAUUCUUCCCGGAGUACCUGAGCGGAUCCGGCGGAGAAUCCAGCCAAGCACAGUCUAUGUGUGCAAUGAGAACCAAUCUGCCGUUUAA